UUGAUGAAGUUAUUUGAUGUAACAAAAUAGUUUUAUCAUUGUCUUUGGGAUACUACUGAAUGUUGAUUUAGAAUUUUGUGAGAACUUUUUUUCACCGUUUGGUAUUUAAUUUUCGAAAAAAUCUUUCGCAAAUUAAUAAAAAUAAAAAGGUCCCACAAACUUUCGCGAUUUCGUCAGUUUUUGGUAAUUGUGUUUCCGCUUCAAUGUGUUACAAAAAUUUCAGUGUUCAAUUUCAUUGUGAUCAGUGUUUUACUUUCUUCAGUUAUUCCCACGUAAACGCAUAGUGUCAAAGAUUACGAAUUAUGUUACUUAGAGCAGAUAUGCGAAUAAUUGUAAUCCCUCAUUGACGAUGGGAAGAGCAUUAAGAAUUAGAAAACGUAAAAACAAAAACAAAAAAAAUGAGACCGCAUCUUUCAGUCGAGAUGUAGAAUAUCUAGAGCUAAUUCAGUGGAUGAAAGAACAUGGUUGGAAGCCUUCUUGUAAAUUGGUCUCAUCUCACUUUACUAAAACCGGAAGAGGACUGAUGGCUAAAGAAAGGAUAUUUGCUGGCACCGCAAUCGCAAAAAUUCCAUAUAAAUUGUUGAUCACCGUAAAAACUGUUUUGCAAUCAGAUAUCAAGUGGAUAUUCACCAAUAAGAAUGCUUUCAUCACUCAGCAAGUUCUGUCUGCAUUCCUUGUGUGGGAACAUCAUCUUGGAGAAUUAUCUGUCUGGAAGAAAUACAUGAACUGCCUACCAAAAACGUUUUCGUGUCCUGUGUUUUGCAGUGAUAUUGAUUGGCUCCCUAAAACAAUUCGGGAGAAAGUUCUGGAUAUGAAAGAUAAAGUUAUGAAAACAUUCAAUUCCAUUCUAAAUUGUAUAGGAUUUCAUAAAUGUAUCCAUUGCGGUAUCAAUUUGAGCGAUAUUUUCAUUUAUGACGUAUAUUUAUGGGCAUGGUGCGUAGUGAGUACUCGCGCUGUGUACCUCAGUCCUAAAAUUAAUUCGCAAAAUUCCAUUCUUCUAACGGAUGAAAAUAAUUUGGCAUUAGCUCCAUAUGUUGAUUUAUUCAAUCAUAGCUAUGAUUCGGAAGUGAAAGCUUAUGCUGUUGAAUCUGAAGGUAUAUAUCAAAUAGAAACACUCAUACCGUUUCUGAAAAACGAGCAGAUUUUUAUUAACUAUGGGCCAUUAUCCAAUGAUAGACUAUUUAUCGAUUAUGGGUUCAUAAUUCCAUCAAAUAUCCAAGAUGAUGUUGCAUUUUCUUAUGAAAAUGUGCUCUCUGCCACCAAUCAGCUGUUCCCUUCUAAUAAACCUAUUAAUGAAUUUCGUUUGAAAUUUUUGAAACAAAGAAAUUUAUUCAGUAAGAUUUGCUGUUACGCUGGUGGUAUAUCUUGGGAUUGUCAAGCUCUAAUUUAUGUGUUCAUAUGUUCACCUGAAGUAAACAUUGAAGAAAUUAAACUAAAUAUUUUCUCUGAUAGAUUCAAAUUAUUGUGUUCAGCUAAUAUAGCUCGUGUAGCUGAAUUAUUACUUGCCACAAAAUAUGAAGACUAUAAACACGAAUUGAAUGUUUUAAAACAACAUCAUUCAAAUCCAGCAAUUAGAGAAGAUUGUUUUUCAGCAGCUUGUAUGUUGUAUGAAGAACACUUAAGUUUAUUAAAUAAAUGUAAAACAAGUUUAAAAGAUAAUAAAGAAUAAAGUUUUCGCA